CCACAAACCUCCCUGCCGUCCGCCGAGACCUUCCCUGCCGGCCGUCGAGACCACCCCCGUCGUCCGCUAAGACCCUCCCUGCCGGCCACUGAGAUCAUCCCCGCCGUCCGCCAAGGUCGGUCGCAAUCUGCCACGACUGAUACGCCGGUGAGAGCUGAAAACAGAUGCCAUCCACAGACAUCCCCGUCGGCCACCGAGACCCUCCCCGCCGCCGAGACCAUUCCCGCCGCCCGCCAAGGUAAAUGCCGACCUCGACCUCGACCGCGACGCCGCCGUGAAGAGCUCUCCGACGAGCCGGUGUGGCUACAACUGGCAGCAAAUGCAAGGCGUCGUGCUCCAGUCGGGCUCGCCGGCAAGCUAUGGCCUCCGGUCGACCGCGACCGCGACCGCGCCACCGGUAUGGACCCUGAAAACCACCAUGUUCAUUUGCAGCAGUGA